AUCUUGCUGCGAAUUCCUGCUGUAAGAUCAAAGCAAGCCGACAAUCGACCCACCGCCAGGCUGUCCACCUCGAUAGUCCAUCACAUCAACCGCCUCCCGCCCCCGAUGCAUUCCCUGCAGUCCGUUGCUCUUCGCCGGCUCUUCCACAACCAUUCGAUUCGGUCGGCUGCCUCCGUUGUCUCGACGAUCCACUCCAUUUCACCAUCCUUCCCAACGCACCAGUCCCAUCAUUCGUCGCACCAUGUCAACGUCACCUGCCCAAAAGCCAUCCAGUCUGUCCUGCCGCUCUUUAUCCCGCCGUCACCAGCGAUUGUGACGCCGCAGCAGCAGCCCAAGCCUGCCUGCCAAGACGAGAUCCUCAGCAAAACGUUCUAUCGGCGAGAUCUGCCCAAGUGCUUGACCGAGUUCACCUCGACGGAGGGUCGGCGGCUCUUCAAGGAGAGUCUGGCAGCUGGACACGCCGAGAUCUACUUCUCGCUAUCGGGCAACUUCACCCACCAGUCCGAGCCGGCAUUCUGCGGACUGGGCUCGCUGGCCAUGGUUCUCAACGCCCUAGCCGUCGAUCCGAGGAAGCGGUGGAAGGGCGUGUGGCGCUGGUAUGCCGACGACAUGCUCGAGGGCUCUUCCAACCUCGAGACCAUCCGCGAAAAGGGCAUGACCUUUGAUGAGUUUGCCUGCCUGGCCGAGUGCAACGGCCUCAAGGUCGAGGCCAAGCGUUUCGACCGGAUCACCAAGGCUGAGUUUCUGGACGACCUGAAGCUGUCCACCUCCAGCACGGAUGUGCACAUGGUUCUGUCGUUCUCGCGAAAGACGCUCUCUCAGACCGGCGAUGGCCACUUCAGCCCCAUCGGUGCCUAUCACCCCGAGAAGAACAUGGUCUUGGUCCUUGACGUUGCUCGGUUCAAGUAUCCGAGCUACUUUGCCAGCGUUGACCAACUCUAUGAGGCCAUGCGAGCCGUCGACAAAGAAACCCGCCUCCCAAGAGGCUACUUCAUGCUGCGAAGAGGAGAACGCAACUCGAUCGGUCUGUGCACCAUCCCGACGUCACAGAACCCAGACUGGUCCGCCAUCGAUGGAUUCUUUUUCGACCAACUUCCUCAGUAUUUCGGAACGUGGAGCCGCCGCCUGAACGUCGACGAGGCCCGAGACAGGCUGCCCGACGCUAUCGACACCAUCCUGCACGGCAUUCCGGACCAGAAGCUCUUGGUGACUCUCCGGGGUGCCGGCAUCGACCUUGUUGGAUCACCCAAGGACAGUGGCUCCCAUCCAUCCUCAAGCCCGUCGGCGACCGAGCUGGCCGAGGAGUAUUCCAAGGACAUCCGGCUGCUCAACCAGCAGACCCAAGCCAAUCCGCUGUUCCGAUAUGUCUGCGAGGCCGUCCGCGCCUGCGCUGACCUGCGCGAGCGAUUCCGCCUAUCACCUCGGCACCCCGAGCAGCUGGACGAGCAAAAGCUGGUCAUGGCCACGAUCUUCCUGCUGUCGAUCCCAGAUCAGGUGUUUAUGACACUGCCGGCGGCCGUGCACCAGUUGGUCGCGCAGGCGCGGGAUCGGUCGGCAAUGGGCUCGCUGCUCAAGGACGAAGUCGCCCAGAUUGCGCAGAUGCUCGAGUCGCUCCUGCGGGCUCAGCACUGCAAGUGUGGCAAGCUCAAGAGCAGCUGUCGGACCAAGUGAAAGCGCCAUCCAUCGUCCUGGAUCACACGAUCCCAUGUUCGCCGCCCCCCUUCCCGCGGAUCUCCCUCCCCACCAUUCAUUGAUGCAAAGUUCAUCACCACCAUCGGAAUCGACGCCUAGAACCUGCCGCAGUAUUACCCACUCAGCCCAUUGAUUGAUUCCAUUCAUCCAAUUGAUUCCAUUCAGCUCGCCAGCUCAUUCGAGUCAUCGGUCAUCUCGUCAUUCGGCGACCCCACCUCAUCGCACUUGUAUAUAUAUAUAUAACGCUCGUAAAGCAAAGUCAUACCGCCGCCUCUCCCAUCUUUCGAGGUCGAUGGCCGUCGUUUCUCUCUCUUUCUUGUUUUUGGUUGGAUCCUGAAUACACAUGCACAGAUGCCCAUUCA